ACAAACUGUGUUCAGGUGGCCAUUCUGUUAGUGUCGAGAAUCACGUUUCUCCUGAAGUACACCAAUCCUGAGAAAAGGCAAUCUGCAUCAUGUUUCUGCAGAUCAGAAGUAUUCAGCACAGAAUAAUCCCCUGAAGAGAGGAGAGCGUCACUUUGCACAGCAUACAUCCCCUGAGGAGAGGACAGCGUCACUUUGCAUAGCACAGAGCUAAUGUGCUGUGUAGAAAUAUGUCGCUUGGCCACUUUGAACACAAAACAACAGCCUGUUUCAUUCUUCUGCUCCGAUUGUAUUCCUCACUGCUCAUUUCAUGACUUAGGUUUUUCUGUGUUAUAAAUAGGUUGCUUAUUCAGUUUCUGACCAGUUCCAGUUCCUUACCUGUUCACUUCAUCCGUAAAGAACAGAAUUGCUAAAUUACUGAUUUAUGUUUCAGGAAAAGAAAAAGGCUCUAAUUCAAAAGAGGAGAGAAUUAUUUGACAAGAAUUAUUUGCUUCUGCAUCUGAACUGUAAUUUUAACUUUAAGAAAAGGAAGAAAGGGAUCCACAGGAUCAAUUUUACUGGAAUGGCAUCUGGUCGGAAGAAACAAAUCUUUGCUUUGCUGAAAUGGAGAAAAGGUAAAAAAAAGAAAGCUGAAAAAGAGGAAGUUGUGACUUCAGAUGAUAUAGAUUGUGGUUCUUGUCAAUAUAAACGUGCCUCCUCAUGGUUUGGGAGGAGUCAGUCAGAAGACUCCGGGUUGGAUCUAUCAAACCCUUCCUGCCUUUAUCAGAAACAAUCUGAUACACAAGAGAAUAUCUUCAUCCAUAGCAGAAAAACAUCAACAAGCUCCGACCUCUACUCUGAUUUAUCCUGUGGCAGUAGGACAGUGCUGUUGCCAAGGACCUACAAUUUUAUUCUCUCAGAUGAAGAGGAUGAAUUUAAAGCACCAUCUUUAUCUGAAGACGAUGAUUUCUUUGGCUUGAAAGACAUCAUACAAACAAUCAAUUUACAAUAUAGUGUCCCAGAAUUGAGAGAAACAGUGAAGUCUGAUUUUACAGAUGUUAGAAAGAGUGAAACAGAAUGCAAGAGAAAGCACACAUUAAGCUCAAACAACUGGUGCAAUAAGAACAAAUGGAAAACCGAGGAGGAACAUGAUAUUUUGAGAAGGCAGCAAACAAUAUUUGGGUCCCAUGAACAAGUUGAGAGAAGUAGCUUCCAAGGCAAGAUUAGCAUUUCUCGAACUUCAGGUAAGGGAAUGGGAGUAUUACACAGAAUCUGCGAUAUGAUGGAAAAAAUUACUGAACUGGAGAGAGAUCGAAUGGUACUGUUGAGGCAAAACAAUGAACUUCAGUAUCAGUUAUCUCAAAGUCAACAGAUAGAGGCCACAUUUCUUAGCUGCUGUACAUGUGGUGCAGGUGCUGGGAUGAAUGCUUCUCACAUUAUUCCACGGCAAACUAUUUGUUCCAAACAGAUGGUGACAAGGGAAAGCCGGAUAACAGAAGUAAAGAGUCAGGUUUCCCUUGGCUCAUCUUCAGAAGCCAAUGCCAGAUUUGAACAGUCCAAUAGCUCUCCUCCCACACUUACAGAUGUUGCUUCAACUUUUACAUAGAUACCUCCAGAAACACUGAAUCUUGAAUCUGAAAAUGAUUUACAAUUGUGUGGUAGCAGAGUGUGAACGACAAAACAUUACGCAAGGAAUUGUGCCAGACAAUCAACUUUGAAUUUUUCAUCCCAAUUUAUUUAGCUUUCUCUCACAUCUAUAAAUGCACAUUACCUGGAAACAGUAAUUAGGGUUUGAGCAGGAAUCUAAUGAUUGUUGUGCUCCCAGGAUCAUUAUCAUUACCCUGCUUUGAUCAGCUAAGUCAGCACAGUCAAGAGAACAAGUUUGAAUUCGCAAUCCAACUUGUGAAGCAUCACUGCAUGGUACAAGUACAUAGAGUCAGAGCUCAAUAUAUUGUUUUUGCAAUCUAUAAUACCUGUACUGUGAUAUCAGUGCGAAGUGACGAAUCACACAGUAUAUACCAUUAAUAUGGAAGAACGUUUAACUUUAGUGAAGAAAUGAAACUGGCAGUACUUUUCAGCAAGUUGUUAAUCCAUUCUGUUUGAUUUAAUCAACUUUCAUACAGCACUAAGCACCUAGUUUGCAAGCAUCUGUUUUAGAAUACGCAGAGGUUACAACUUUUUCCAAAAGUACCUGGAUACUAUGAGUUGAAAAAGGAACUUUGCAGCCACAGAAAUUGUUGAAAAGGACAUAGUCAUCUAUUAAAAUUCACAAUAUGCAGGUCCAAAAUCAGCCUUGCUUCAUUUUAUCGAAUAACUCCAACACUUCCUUUACAAUCUAGAAAUGACUACUGAUGACAUUGUCCCAAUAUCUUAACAUAUUUUAAGUAAAUUAUCUACCGCCACAGUUUAAAUCAUGCUGAGAAAUUUAGUACAAAUGUUUAAGGGGUUUCUACAGUGACAUUGUAACAAUAACCACUACUUGAUAAGUUUCUUCAAUCCAAAAAGUCCUCCUAAAAGUAAAGCUCUGCUCAUCUACAUUCUGCAUUUUUGCUGAUUUUAGUUAUAAAGUUUACCUUUAUUGUUCCACUUAUAAAUACCACAACAAAAGGACAGCAUCAAGAUUUUGAAAUCAGCGACUAAAGUUACUAGUUGAUUAUAGCAGAAAAUAAACCUAGUUUGUACAAGAUGGAUUCGCAAGAUCAGCGUUUUAUCUAAUAUUAUAACUCCAUUUAAUCCAAUAUUCUAGAACCAGAGAACUACAAUCCCAUCUCUGAUGUCAAGUUAAAAUGAGGUAAUGGCAGAAGCGUUAUGCUGUUUCUGAGCCCAUAAUAGUUUUGAAUAUCUGUUAAAUGUACAUUAGAAAGGAAGCUCAAAAUAUGUCUAAAUAAUUAAUAACUCUAGUAAUUACAUACAUUUGAUAUAUAAUUCCAACAAAUACCAAAUAUUUCAUUCAAAUGACUGGAACAUCCACCUAAACGUAUAAAGAGUGUAACAAUUAAAAAAUAACAAGCAAAUUGAUGGCUGAAUUAAUUUUUUUCCUAAAUAUUUGACCACAACUCAUAGAAUCAUUCUUUCUGUGGAAUUUAAAAUGGAGGUAAAAUGGAGGGUGUGCCAUAUUCAUGUAUGUCGGGGUCCAUUUGGCCAAAAUGUCAUGCCAGUUUAUUAAAAGGAAUAAGUACAAAAUUGUUAAAAUUCCUGUAAAAGCACAAGAUCUCUAUUAAUGGGCAGGCAUUUGAAGUAGUUAUGUUAUGCUGCAAGACUCUUUGAUGGUAUAAUUGAAAAUGUCUCUUCUGUUCUGGAGGAAGAUUACUGGAUCUAAAAUGUUGACUCUCCUUUCUCUCCAAGGAUAUUGCCAGACCGACUGAGUUUCUCCAGCUACUUCUGUUUUUGUUUCAGAUUUUUCCAGCAUCUGAAGUUCUUUAUUUAUUAUUCAAAGAUUCCCAAAUGGAUAAAGUAUUAGAUAUUUUUAAUAAUUUGCCAAAACAAAAAUCUGCUAACACUUUCAACUCACAAGAUUCCAACAAAAAGUGCUAUGUUAGAUGUUGUUGUGUUUUCAGUGCUUUUCCAACGAGAACUUUUCAAUCUGAAUUAUGUGGAGCAGUUGCAAACAAACUCUGGCCCGAAACGUCAACUUUUGUGCUCCUGAGAUGCUGCUUGGUCUGCUGUGUUCAUCCAGCUCCACACUUUGUUAUCUUGGAUUCUCCAGCAUCUGCAGUUCCCAUUAUCACUGCAAACAAACUAUUUGUAUUUACAAUCGCUAAAACUGUCUUUUUAAACCAACAUUAUGAAUUCUUUUUUGUCCAAUCUGUGAUCCUACUGUCAGCAUAAGUGAGCUAGAUUUACAUGUAGAAACACAACUAAAAUAUAAGAGCUGAUAUCCAAAUUACAGAAAUGGAAAGUGAAGAAUUUGGGAAGUUCAAUAUCAUAAAUCAAAGAAUCAAAGUUCUUUCACAAAUUUUCUUUAUAUGCAUUUUUUUUGCUCGCUACUAAUAAUCAGUUUCAAAUUUAAAAAGAAGUCAUCUCCAUGGAUCCAGAAACUUCAUUUUUUUCUUUUUAUACUUCAGUUCAGUGGCUGGCAGAAUUCUUGGUGUCAGAAAAAAAAAGAGUUAGGAGCGAGCUUAUCAAAAUAGAGGUCACAAGUAGUGAUCAAAUAUGAAUUUUUAUUUUGUAAGGCCAUAUUUGUAAAUCAAGUGAGAUGUAUUUCACGUUGCAUUUGUUUGAUUCCAGGGCCAUGAACUGAAAUUAUGAGAAAAGACCAUUUGCCCUAAUCAAUAUACUUUGUGAGAACAUACUGACCCUCAUUUUAGCAUCCAAGUAUAUGGUAAAUCACACUGAUUUUGCCUCUAGCAUGAUGACAGGUUAUUGCAUGUAUUUAUCACUCUUGAAGAGUUUUGUCUUGACAUUUGUUGAUGAUUUAUGUUUUAUACACUUUUAUUACUCGAGUUUGCAUCCUUAGUCUUUUCUCUGUUUACUUCGAUAUCACAUUUACUGAACUUAUUGG